GGUUUUAUUUUCAGGCGCACACAGCACUCACAUGGCUGUAUUUUAUGUAGAUCCUGAGUGGUGUUGUGUGUCUUACAUUAUUAUUAGGCAUAUACAACAUAUUGUAUUGACUUCAGCUGGAUGCAUGCGUUACUGCUUUUGACAAACAUUAAGCGAAUAGUUCAGGAAACAUGCGAAAUUCUGUCACCCGCUAUUUAAUCUUUUUCCAGUAUACAGGGACCAAAUACUGUGGCGUGAUGAAAAUACCAGCAGAUCGAGCAGUACAGGGAGUUGGGAAUCAUUUAGAGAGUGCAGUGGGGAAACUCAAGCCGGUGAAUAAGUUUUCAGUGGUCAUCUCCAGCAGAACGGACUCUGGUGUGCAUGCUUUGUGUAACUCGGCACAUGUGGAUAUCCAGCGGAGUGGAGACAAGCCCCCGCUGCCCGAGCAUGUCCUGGUCGAUGCCUUAAACUUCCACUUGAAAGAAGAAGCUAUAAGAAUCACCAGGGCUUACCGUGUCCACAGUGACUUCCACGCACGCCACAGGGCCGUCUCGCGCACAUACGUAUACCGCUUUGCUAUGGGUCUCAGAUAUGCCACAGAAAUGACAGUAAUGGAGAACGACCUAUGCUGGGCGAUACAAAACAAGACUCUCGAUAUCAACGCAAUGCAAGAGGCUGCAUCACUGCUGUUAGGAACCCACGACUUCAGCACCUUCCGUGCCUCGAGCGCAGAUAUGCACUUGAAGAACCCAGUGAAGACCCUAGAUCAGAUCCAGCUGGAACCUGGGGUCUCGUUCAGCCAGAGACACUUUUACAGAGAUGUUCGCUUCUGGGAGCUCACUUUUAAAAGUAGGUCUUUUUUAUACAAACAAGUGCGGAGGAUGACCGGGGCGCUGGUCGCCGUCGGUCACGGUAGACUAUCUGUUAGUCAGAUGCAGGAGCUGCUAGAAGCGCGAGAUUCGCGGGCCUUCCCGACAACCAUGACCGCCCCAGCCCACGGCCUGUUUCUGACCCGCGUACAGUACAGCGACACAGAUCUUGGGACUUGUGUGCUGGAUGAACAGUUAUUUAAAUAAUUUUUUCACAAUUAAAGAGACACAUUUUUAUCUCCUG